CAAGUUGAGACCGACGGAAGCAGGCGGGAGCAGUCGCUGGUGCUGCGCGGCGGAGCGAGCGAUAUGGGUACGACACUCUCGGCGAUCAAGGUAAGGAAAAGAUCUGCCUCGCUGCAUGGAAUGGCGCUCCGUUGUUGAUUCUGUUGGACAGACCUUGAUUGUUCCAGCCAUCAUCUCUCUCAUUCUCUUCCUCGUCUCGACUUUCGUCCUCGUCCCACUCUGGCAGCGCUACCGGAACCGAUACAGCCAGUACCUCCCACUAGAGACAAUCUCGAAUCAAACACUAUCUCUUCGUGCAAGGGUGCAGAGCGCCGUGGCCCGCUUCACCGUGCCGUCGGCCUGGAGGGCGAGGGGCUCUGACCGCGUCGCUGUGGCUGAGCGGAAUUCGUUCGAUUCGGACGAGGGGGAGGAGCUGAACGAAGUGGAUGACGCCGUUAGCAGGAGGGUGUUAGAUCAGCAGAGGGGUAAUCACCCCGUUGACAGCACGAGGAGGCUAAGCAGAGAGUCAGUUUCGGUCUAGACGACUAGCCACUGCUGCACGCCGUCACGCUAACUGUUCGGCAGCCUGGAGGAAGGGUUCAUGGACGACAGUGACGAAGAGGCCGAAAGGGCCCAGGGGCGGUAG